UUGUAUAAAUAUACCAUCAUUACUUGUCUCUUGUUUCAUCACCUUCACAUUCAACAUUAAACACAUCACAUUUCAAAGAGUUUCUUUUGUAAUCAAAAUCAAUGGCAGGUAUCAAAGUUUUCGGACACGCUGCUUCCACUGCCACCAGGAGAGUCCUCCUCACCCUCCACGAGAAGAACCUCGACUUUGAGCUCGUUCAUGUCGAGCUCAAAGACGGCGAGCACAAGAAAGAGCCCUUCCUCUCCCGCAACCCUUUUGGUAAAGUUCCCGCCUUUGAAGAUGGAGACCUCAAGCUCUUCGAAUCAAGAGCGAUUACUCAGUACAUAGCUCACCGAUAUGAAGAGGAAGGAACCAACCUUCUCCCAGCCGACUCCAAGAACAUAUCCCACUACGCAAUCAUGGCUAUUGGAAUGGAAGUAGAAGCUCACCACUUCGACCCAGUGGCUUCAAAGCUUGCUUGGGAACAAGUGUUCAAGCUCUUCUAUGGCAUGACCACUGACCAAGCCGUUGUUGAAGAAGAAGAGGCUAAGUUAGCCACGGUCCUUGAUGUGUAUGAGGCUAGGCUCAAGGAGUUCAAGUAUUUGGCUGGUGAAACUUUUACUUUGACCGAUCUGCACCACAUUCCAGUGAUUCAGUACUUGCUCGGAACUCCCACCAAAAAGCUCUUCGACGAGCGUCCACAUGUCAGCGAGUGGGUGGCAGAGAUCACCAACAGGCCAGCUUCCCAGAAGAUCCUUCAGUGAGACAAAAGGAAAAGAAAAUGAUUCUGCUUCAGUCACAGUAAUAAUAUGCUCAAAGUAAAUAAGUGGCUGCCUCAUUGCCCAAUUUCUCAGUGCUCUGUUUUGUCUUUCUGUUAUGUCCUCUGUUUUUUAUUUUCAGUUUAAUAUGUAUGUGUUUGUGUUCUUGAGAGAUCUUUGUUGAAUCAAAAGUUAUUUUUCUAAUC